AUGUGGCUCAGGUCCCAGGCUGCUCCACUACAUCUGGCUCCCCUCGGCAUCCUGAUUCCUCAUCUGCCAACUGUGCUGGCAACACCUUCACCUGCCCGUGUCACCGUGCCUGCCUCCGGGUCCAGACCAGCAGUGCAGCAGGUGGAGGCGACAGCCCAGGAGUCUGCCAGCGCGGUGCCGGGGAUGGUUGUUGGUCGGGAGGAGGUCGCCGCAGCGUGCCCUGCCGUCCUGGAGGAGCGACAGAAGAUCAGCAAAGCUAAGGCUGUUUUUGUUCCUUCUGUUUGUGUUCGUGAUGUUCAGUUUGAGUCUAACGCUAAUGCUGUGUUGGAAUUAGACGGACACAUGUUUAGGUUCAGUUUUGGUGACACGGUGUUAGGCGAAGUAGGCGUGACCGAAGGUGAAUACAUCGAUUUCGGUGUGUUCAUCAGCUUGCGUAAUGGACUGGAGAGAAUCUUCAGUCAAUACACCACAUGUCUUUUGACAGUGUGUGGAAACACCACUGCCAUCGUGCGUGAGGGUGGACGGUUUGCUGUGGUCGACAGUCACUCACGCAGUCACACUGGCUUGUUACACCACAAUGGUACAAGCGUGGUUCUGCAUUUUGCGUGUCUCAACGACCUGCACCACUACAUCUGUCGUUUGGCUGACAUUCUCCGUUCAAGGGAGAAGCUCUUUGAGCUGUGUGGUGUUACGGUCAGCACGGGUGCAAGUCCAGCGCGGUCUGGUGUGUCUGUGGAGAGUCUCAUCACUGGGAUGAGCGCUGCUCCAGCAUCAGAGUCUAGUUUGCUCACUGAGGCUGGGAGAAAAACUGAGGUGUCUGCAGGCAGUUUUGCACCCGAGUGUGGUCUCGGCGUAGCCGCAAGUCCGGCACUGUCUGGCAUUUCUGUGUUGACUUUCUCCAGCAAGGUGAGCAGCAGUUCAGUGGCAGAACCAACGGUGACCGAUGGCAGAAAGCGUGUCAUUUCUUCCGACACUUGUAUGUCGAAGAAAUUCAAGAGCUUCGAUGCUAGUGAGGUCAAUUUUGACGUAGAGUUUGUUAGCGAGGUUGGUAGUCCGGUAUCCACAGAGGUGGGGUUGUUAGGUGUUCCAUGUAGCAAAGAUAGGAUUGUGGCUGAUGGUAACUGCUUUUUCAGAGCCAUCUCUCAGGCUGUGAGUGGUUCACAGAAGCACCAUCGCAGGAUUAGGCUAGCUGUGUGUAAAGAGUUGCAGAGAAACACAGACAGAUAUCAGAGUCUUUUGAGGAGUGAGUACUCCUCUGUGUUAGAGUACAUUCAGCAGUCCAGGAUGACACGUGUCGGCAGUUGGGCCACAGAGGUGGAGAUUCAGGCGACAGCGGAUUGGGAGAAGGCUAAGUUGUUGAGUGUAGAAAAGUAUUGUAAGAAUUUGCCCCACAGAGAGAGGAUUAAACAGAUGAGUAUUCGUAAAUAUAGAGAAAGCAUUGAGCAUAGGGAGACAGUUAAGGACAAGAGCGUGGGCAAAUAUAGGGACAGCAUUGAGCAUAGGGAGAGAGUGAAGGGCAUGAGUUUGGUCAAAUAUAGGGACAGUAUUGAGCACAGGGAGAGAGUAAAGGCCAGGAGUUUGGGCAAAUAUAGGGACAGUAUUGAGCACAGGGAGAAAGUUAUAGAGAGGAGUAAGAGUAAGUAUCAUGGUAGUGUAGAGCAUAAGCAGAAAGUUAUUUCUGGUGUUAGGUUAAGUAGGAAGCAGAAGGUGGAGAAGUCAGAAGAUUUUAGCUUUGUUAUGGAUCAGUUUUUGGCAAAGGUUAGAGAUGGACCAGAUUUUGUGUGCUGUGUUUGUCAUAGGUUGUUUUUUAGAUUUCAAGUGGUAAGUUGUGCAAGGGAAUUUUAUAGGCGAAGUUCAGCAACAGCUGCUAUUGCAGAUAAGUGUAUAGGCGAGCAUUAUUUGCAUAGCUGUAAUGAGGAGUGUGUUGUACCCUGUUCGUUGGUGUCGUCGCGCGGUCAACUGUGGAUUUGUUACACGUGUGAUCAUAAGCUUAGCACAGGUGAGAUGCCGGCUGAAUGCUGGGUUAACAACUUGCAGCUGGAUCCCAUUCCAUCUGAACUGGGAUGUUUGAAUAGUUUAGAGCAGCAUUUGAUAGCGUUACAUAUUCCGUUUAUGAAAAUGUUGGCACUGCCUAAAGGCGGGCAGAAUGGAGUACAUGGACCAGUGACAUGUGUUCCAGCCAACAUUGUUCAGACGACAAAUGUGUUGCCACGUUCAAAUAUGGAAGGGUCUCUGCUUCAGGUUAAGCUGAAGCGGAAACUCACGUAUAAAGGCUAUUACGAGUACCAGUUUGUGGAUACGUUGCGUGUAAGACAGGCGCUAGAGUACUUAAAGAGGACAAAUGUUCAUUAUAGGGAUAUAGAGUUUAAUGAGGACUGGGUAAAUGAGUUUGUUAGGCAGGAAGAUAGGGAGAAGGAAGAGGCCGAGUCAGGCAGUGAGGGUGAGGCUGAGGUUAGGUCACAUCAGGACAGAGGUCAGGGUGAAACUGGUGAUGUACAGGAAUCAUCAGACAUAACACAGGAUGAACUGUUACAUGACAGACAACAGCACUGCAUGUUUCAGGACACUUGUCUUAUGCCUGUUGAUAUUGGUCAGGAAGCUUUAGAUCAGUAUUUUAAGGAUAUUUUGAACAUUGCGCCUGCAGAAGGGAAUAGUCCGGUAAGAAUGCUUUCUGACCACACAAAUGAGGCAAAGUGUUUCCCUGUGUUGUUCCCUGCGGGUGAUAAGACCUUCCGUGACAGUCGGUCUCAUCACUUGACGUUGUCGCGUUAUCUCAAUAACCGGAUUAUGCAUGCCGACGGUCGUUUUGCGCGGAACGUCGAGUACAUAUUUUUUGCACAGUACAUGUCGGAGUUGGACAGGGUUGUGUCCAGUGUUUCUGUGGCAUUGCGUAAGGGUAAAGAAGGUCAGAGGCCUCAACGCAUUACUGAGGACAUGUUAACUGAUGCGGACGCCUUGAAGCAGUUGUUGGCGUGUGAUGAUGGGUUUAGGUUUCUUAAACCCAUUAGAGGAACUCCGGCCUUUUGGCAGUCUGUUCAGAAGGACGUAAUGGCUUGCGUGCGUCAAUUGGGUAUUCCGACGUGGUUUUGUUCGUUUUCGUCUGCGGAUAUGCGCUGGCAGAAUCUUCUGACCAGCAUCCUGAAACAGGAAGGCAGAUCGCAGACGGUAGAGGAUUUGGAGUGGGCUGACAGGUGCGAGUUGCUGCGUCGUAAUCCGGUCACCGCGGCGAGGAUGUUUGACUACAGGUGGCAUUGUUUUCUGAAAGAGGUUCUCAUGUCUCCCUGUCAACCAAUCGGCAAAAUUGUGGAUUACUUUUAUAGGGUAGAAUAUCAACAAAGAGGCUCACCACAUGUACACUGUUUGUUUUGGAUCGAGGGUGCUCCCCAAAUUGAUAGAAAUACAGAUGAGGAAGUGAUAGAAUUUAUUGACCGGUACGUUACAUGUGAGCUACCCUCAGAUGAUGACACACUAUUGGACACGGUGUCAUCUGUUCAAACGCAUUCCAAACGACAUUCAAAGUCGUGUAGAAAACACAAAACGACAUGUCGUUUCAAUUUCCCAAAACCUGUUUCUGCGCGUACAUUCAUUUGUAGAAUGUUAGAAUGCAAGUGCGAUAGGAAGAAGACAGCGGAGACCGAACCUGGUUCAGAAAACAGGCCAGUCUGUAAGUGUUUUGAAGAUAGAGAUAAGAUGCCAGAAAACGUUGCGCAGGCUAUUCUAACAGCUGUUAAGCUGGCUGUGGACAGUGAUGUGCCUCCUGCUAGUGUAGAGGACUUGUUUUGUGCUUUAGGAAUAAAUCAGGAGAUCUUUGAGUUCGCUUAUAGGCGUUUAGAGAAGAGGCAUAAGGUUGUGUAUAGGAGAGGGGUGAACGAGGUUUGGGUUAAUCAGUAUAGUAAGCAGUUGUUGAAGUGCUGGAAUGCUAACAUGGACAUUAGCUUUGUCACCGACGCCUACGCAGUAGUAAUAUACAUACUAUCGUAUAUUACGAAAGCAGAGAGAGAAAUUGGCCUAUUAUUGACUAAUGCCCAAAAAGAAGCCAAAACACAAGGGAAUCUCUCUGCUAAAGAAGCCCUGCGGAAGCUGGGCAGUGUAUAUUUACACAACAGAGAUGUUUGUGCGCAGGAGGCGGUGUAUAGGCUAACGAACAUGCACCUGAAGGAGUGUUCCAGGAAGGUUGUGUUUGUGCCGACAGGGAGCAGGAUAGUUAGGAUGAGUUUGCCCCUUAGUGUUUUGAGGCAGAAGGCGGCCUCCCGUGAUCUUGGGGAGGAUGAGAUGUGGAUGACAGGCAUAGUGGAUAGGUAUAAGAAUAGGCCUAACAGCGAUGUGUUUGCAAACAUGUGUAUGGCCACCUUUGCAUCUGAGUAUCGUGUUCUCACCAAAAAUGAAAAGUCUAAGGACAGAAUUCAAUUGAACAAUGAUUUAGGAUUCAUUCUGAGGAGAACACGCACUCAGUUUGCAGUGGUGCGGUACAUGCGUUUCAGGUUGGAUAGACAGGAAGAGGCACAUUUUCAGAGCCUGCUGCAGCUGUUUCUUCCUUAUAGAACUGACUCAGACCUCAAACCUGAAGGCUUUGAGCUGUUUGAACAGUUCUAUAACGAUGGCCAGGUGACGUUUAGCGACGGGUCUGUGCAUUCGGUUUGCGAUGUCGUCGGCGAGAAUAGGGCCAGGUUUGAGGUCAAUUGUCCUCACCUUGAGUUAGCUCAGGAGAUAGCUGCGCAGAAUAACGGGGUAGAUGAAGAUGUUUGGGGUGAGCUGUGUCCUGAACAGGAAGCGGAACGCCUUGAAGGUUUAGAGGAGAAGAGGCAGCAGCGGGAAGGUGAGAUAGCUGAGGAACAAUUAGUUGAAGCGAUGGAGAAUGUUCCAGAUUUGAUUGUUGGUGGCAGACAGGUAGCGCAGGUAGAGAGAAACAGGUCCAUGUUGUCUAGAAGUGAGGGUUUGGCGCUCAUUAGGUCUCUGAAUGAGACACAGCUGGAUGUUUUUUAUAAGGUGAGACAGUGGUGUUUGCAGAAGGUGAUGGGUAAAAACCCAGAGCCUCUGCGUGUAUUUGUCACAGGUGGCGCAGGAACGGGGAAAAGUCAUUUGAUUAGGGCUAUUGAGUAUGAGGCAGGGAGGCUGCUGUCAACACUUUGUGAUCAACCAAACGAUAUCUGUGUUUUGCUAACUGCUCCUACUGGAAUAGCUGCAUACAAUUUGAAUGCAGCAACAAUUCAUCAUACAUUGAGUAUUGGCAAACAGGCUAGUUUACCUUACACCCCUCUGGGUGAAGAUAAACUAAACUCUUUGCGAGCUAAAUUGAGUCACCUCCAAAUUUUAAUUAUUGAUGAAAUCAGUAUGGUUGAUCACAACGUGUUGGCUUAUGUGCAUGGUAGAUUGAGGCAGGUGAAGCAGACAGGCGACUUUUCCCCGUUCGGUAAUGUUAGCGUGAUAGCUGUCGGGGACUUCUAUCAGUUGCCUCCCGUUAAAGGGAAGCCUCUGUAUAGUAGUCCUGUUGGUGUGGACCUGUGGUGCAAUUUCAGCAUCGUGGAGCUGAAAAAGAUAGUUAGGCAGAAGGAUAGUGUUUUUGCUGAGUUGCUUAAUAGAUUAAGAGUGCGUUCCAGGGCCACCCCAAUGUUAGAUAGCGAUGUUGAAAUGCUGAAGAUGCGCGAGACCGGCGAGGUGAGCUCAGCCUUGCAUAUCUUUGCGACAAAUAGGCAAGUAAGUGAGCACAACCUAAAUUAUCUGUUUGACUGUUGUCCUGAUUAUGUCACCGUUGAAGCGCAAGACUUUGUGAAUAACAGGACAACAGGGAAUUUGGAACGGAUGCCUGGGCAUCACGGCGUUGCGGCGGACACGUCUCUACCGGAGACUUUGUGUUUAGCGAGGAAUGCGCGAGUGAUGUUGUGUAAGAACGUGGAUGUUGCGGACGGCCUGGUCAAUGGAGCAUGUGGCACGGUUACUCAGUUAGUUUUUGGAGAGGAUUCCACGUUUCCUCUCACCGUGUAUGUCAGAUUUGAUGAUGUGAAUAUUGGUUCAGAUAGGAGGAAAAACCGUGCACAUGCAGCAGUAGAAUGCCUGCAGUCUACUGCCAUUGAUCCAGAGACUGAAAGAGCCACUAAACGCGGCGGUGUGCGUCGUCAGUUUCCUCUGAGGUUAGCGUGGGCUUGCACUGUUCACAAAGUGCAAGGACUCACUGUGGACGAGGCCGUAGUGUCUUUGAAGAGGGUGUUUGCACCGGGGCAGGCAUAUGUAGCGCUUAGUCGUGUUAGGGCCUUGUCUGGACUGAUCAUCAGGGAUUUUACAGAGAAGGUAAUUUACUGCAAGGACGCCAUAAAGGAGGCCUUGGAUAGCAUGCCUCCAUUUUUGAUUGAGCAGCCAAAGCCUUCAUUAAAUGCACACAGUUUCUCUGUGUAUUUAAUGAACGUUCAAAAUUUAAGUCGCCACUUGGUAGAUUUGGUGUCUUGCACGCAGCAUUUACAGCUUACCUGUAUUGCUGUGACAGAAACGUGGCUCACUGCACAGUCUUCAUUAGACAGUGUCCAAAUUGAAGGUUACACUUUCCACAGUCGUCCUCGAGGCUUGUGUUACAGCAGCAGUAACCCCAAAUUGUUAGAGCUAAAGGACCUAGAACAUGGUGGAGUUGGUUUGUAUAGUGUAGAUAAUUUGGACUGUAACAUUCUGCAGGUACCCGAUUUGAAUCUGGAGUGUUUGGUGUGCCUGUGCAACAAAUUUAACAUAUUGUUGGCAGUAAUAUAUCGUCCACCAUGUUAUCCAAAUUGUUUAUUCAAACAAAAUCUGGGGAGGUUACUUGAUUGGUUACAUCCAAUCAGUAACACAAUUGUAAUAAUGGGGGAUUUCAAUGAGAACAUUUUAAAAACAUCAUCAAUUUCCAAAUUUAUGGGUGAAAAAGGUUUUAGUCAGCAUGUGACACAAGAGACUACAGAGAAGGGGACACUCAUUGAUCAUGUUUAUGUUAAAACAACACGGUAUGAUGUGGAAUGUGCAGUCAUGCCCACGUAUUUUAGUGAUCAUGAAGGUGUUUUGUGUAGUUUUAGUGUUCAAGAUGAUCAGGGGUUAGCCGUUGACUUCGAGGAGGUAGAGGGCCUCUUCGAGUCAGACUUUGUUUUAGAUGAGGAUUAGGUUGUUGUGUUUGGCAAAGGAGGCAAACAGUGAAUUCACACGACCGGUGUAAAUUCAUUGUUUGAGUCAAACGGAGCUACAUUGCAGUGUCCCGGUGCAAAUGUUAGUGUUGUCGCGUUUGUGUGCUGGUGUAGUGCAGGUUUAUCUGUGGCAAGAGGAAACUGACUUAGUAGUAGUGUGGUGUCUUGUUCAUGGUGUAUACAUUGGCUACCACUAUGAAUGUUGUCUUUUUAUAAGUGUAGAGCCUGUCCCACUGUAAUUGUAUAGUUUGUUAUUUAUUGUACUUAUUUAUAGUAUUUAUAUUGUAUUUAUUGGGUUUUUAGAUUAUUUAUUGUAUUUAUUGGUAGUAUUUAUAUUGUAUUUAUUAUUGCGAUUUUAGAUAAUGUAUUUAUUAUAUGGAAUUGAUUAUCUUGAGAUUUUAGAGUAAGCAAAUCAUGUGCUUCAGGUGGAAUUAGAGAAGGUUUAGUUGUGGUGUGGUGUGUGUCACAGGUGUUAGGAAGUAUGGACGUGUUAGUCUCUGUUUGCCACGUGUUAGCUGUUGGUCUAUGUUCAAAGAUUAAAUGUAUAUCUAUCAAUGAUUAAAUGUGUAUCUGUUUAAAGUUUAAAUGUAUAUAGUUCUGCAUGUUUGAGUUCAUGUCACCUUCAUGUGUACUGUCUGUAUGCAAGACAUUCACUUCCAAUACUGAAGUGUUCUGUCUGGCGUGCAUGAACUCAGAGCAAAUCUGUUGUGGCACAACAAGGCACAGACUCCCCAUUCUGUACGCCUUAGCUGCCAAAACAGGACAGUUAAUUUAAAAAAAAAAAAAAAAAAAAAAAAAAA